GGAGGUGUGAUUACAUUUUCUCCUACUCAAAUCUCGUGACAUUGUUCUUGUUUUGCUCUUUUCUAUUUAAUUGUGAUUACAACUUGCUAGUCUAGCCUCUCUCUCUCUCUCUCUCUCUCUCUCUAGACAAUGGAAGGUGGACUCCCCAUGCUCAACUGUCUGUUACAGCACACCCUCAGAAAUCUAUGUACAUCCUCAGAUUCUUCCACUUCCACAAAGUGGGUUUACGCAGUCUUCUGGAGGAUCUUGCCGAGGAACUACCCUCCUCCAAAGUGGGACUAUGGAGGUGGCGCACUUGAUCGCGCCAAGGGCAACAAAAGGAACUGGAUUCUUGUUUGGGAAGAUGGGUUUUGUGAUUUUUACGAAUGCGAAAGAGCUGGAAACGUAAAGGGAAGGUUUGGAGCUGAUGUGUUCUUUAAAAUGUCCCAUGAGGUGUACAGUUAUGGUGAAGGAAUAGGGAAAGUUGCAGCAGAUAAUAGUCACAAAUGGGUGUUUAAAGAUAACUCAUCUGAGAAUGAUUCUAGCUUCAUCACCUCAUGGAAUGUGUCAAUUGAGCCACAACCAAGGGCAUGGCAAUUUCAGUUCCAUUCUGGAAUUCAGACAAUAGCCCUCAUUUCGGUUAGAGAAGGCAUAAUUCAACUCGGCUCAUUUGAUAAGAUUGUUGAAGAUCUCAAUCUGGUGAUAAGCAUACAGAGGAAAUUCAGCUACAUACAGAGCAUACCAGGCAUCUAUGCCAUUCAGAGACCAUACCAAUUCCAACCCAUUCAAUAUCCAUACACCUUCAAACCCAUCAACAACCACACCACAUUUGAAUCCCAUGAUGACAAGUGCCACUACUUAACCGGAACAAAGAGAUUACUCUACGGCGGCAAACAGGAGGAGGAGCCACCUCUCAAAUCCCUCAACCUAGGCUACAACACUUCC